CAACCACGCUUUGAAACCCUUCCAACGCUCGUACGAUCACGUGAUUCUCCGAAGAAAAUUUGAAGGAAAAAACACGAACGCACCGACACUCGCGCCACACGUUCAAUCCUUGAAUGGAGAGAAAAAAGAAAAGAAAACGCGAAGUAACAAAUCUGACGAUGCCACAUCAGCUGUAAUACCUGCCUUAGGAGGCAUGAUAUGAGAAGAGAAUUACCGGUGGUUCUCACGAAGUCGCGCGACUAGUUCACACCCGAAAUUUAACACGCAACCGUGACAAGUGAUUCGUUCUGCCUCAAGUUAAGCCACUAGAAUCGACAUUUGCAUCCCUCUUGCCUGAAUUCCCAGGAUGCCGUGCUUGUCGAGGAAAAGCUUCACGCCUUCAGCAACGACAGCUUCUUACACUGAAGGCGAGAGGAUGUCUAGAAUAGCAGAAUUAAAAUCAUCCCUGGAACGAAAGAUCCUUAUCCUGGAUGGGGCAAUGGGUACAAUGAUUCAACGGAAGCAGCUCAAAGAAGAGGAUUUCCGUGGUACGCAGUUCCAGGACACUCCGAAAAGCCUCAAAGGGAACAACGACGUUUUGUCGAUAACGAGACCCGACAUCGUGUACGAUAUCCAUAAGGAAUACCUCCUAGCUGGAGCAGAUCUCAUAGAAACGAAUACCUUCAGUGCGACUUGCAUCGCUCAAAGCGACUACGAACUCCAAGGCUAUAGCUACGACAUCAACUUCUCAGCUGCGCAAGUCGCCAGACAAGCAGCCGCAGAUGUCGCUGCUGAAACAGGAUCCACCAGAUGGGUCCUUGGCGCAAUGGGUCCUACCAACCGAACUCUUUCUAUAUCCCCUAGUGUUGAGCACCCUGAAUUCAGAAACAUAACAUUUGAUGAACUUGUAGCAGCUUAUGAAGAGCAAGCAAGAGGUUUGCUUGAUGGAGGGGUUGAUGCUCUUCUCAUUGAAACCAUCUUUGACACUGCCAAUUCCAAAGCUGCGAUAUUUGCAGUGAAAUCCUUAUUUGAAAAUGAAGACAACAGCUAUCAACCCAUUCCUAUCUUUAUUUCUGGAACAAUUGUGGACAAAAGUGGGAGGACAUUAUCUGGUCAAACAACUGAAGCUUUUGUGGUCUCCAUUUCCCAUUCUGAUGCCUUGGGGGUGGGGUUAAACUGUGCACUUGGGGCUGCUGAAAUGAGACCAUUCAUUGAAGCUGUUGGAUCAGCUACCAGUGCUUACGUUAUUUGUUAUCCAAAUGCAGGGCUGCCAAAUGCGUUUGGAGAGUAUGAUGAAACACCCGAGCAAACUGCAGAAGUUUUGAGGUCUUUCGCCAUGGAUGGAUUGAUCAAUAUUGUCGGGGGCUGUUGUGGAACCACUCCUGCUCACAUCAGUGCUAUCAAAAAGGCAGUUGAAGGUAUUUCUCCCAGGAUACCACCCAAAGAAAUUUACCCUGGCCAUUUGCUGGUCUCUGGGUUAGAGCUAACAAAAAUUGGACCCACAUCUAUUUUUGUGAACAUUGGGGAAAGAUGCAAUGUUGCAGGCUCAAAAAAGUUCUCCAGACUCAUCAAAAGUUCAAAAUACCAGGAUGCUUUGGAAGUUGCCAGAGCACAAGUUCAAAGUGGCGCACAAAUCUUGGAUGUUAACAUGGAUGAGGCUCUUUUGGAUGGAAAAUCUGCUAUGACAAAGUUCUUGAACCUCCUGGGCUCUGAACCAGAUGUAGCAAAGGUUCCACUGUGUAUUGAUUCUUCAAACUUUGCCAUCCUGGAAGCUGGCCUCAAGGUGGCCCAAGGAAAGUGUCUCACCAACUCAAUUUCUUUGAAAGAAGGGGAAGCUGACUUUUUGCAAAAGGCCAGGCUGAUCAGGCGCUUUGGAGCUGCUGUAAUUAUCAUGGCUUUUGAUGAAGAUGGGCAAGCUGCAGACUUUGAGUCCAAAGUGAGAAUCUGCUCAAGAGCAUUUAAUUUGCUCACCACCAAGGCAGGAUUCAAACCAUGUGACAUAGUCUUUGACCCAAACAUCCUCACCAUUGCCACUGGUAUUGAAGAGCACAAUAAUUACGGAGUAGACUUCCUGUUAUCUGUGAAGGAAAUCAAGAGACAGUGUCCAGGGUGCAGAAUCAGUGGAGGAGUGUCAAAUGUGUCCUUUUCCUUCAGGGGCAAUGAUUUAGUCAGAGAGGCCAUGCAUUCUGUCUUUCUUUACCAUGGAAUCCAGGCAAGUAUAGCUGGACUGGACAUGGGGAUUGUGAAUGCUGGAGCACUGCCAAUUUAUGAUGAGAUAGAUCCUGUUCUCAGAGAUCUUUGUGAGCAGGUAAUUUUGAACAAGUCUCACAGGGCAACUGAGGAACUCUUGGACUUUGCUGAGAAGGUCAAAGACAAGUCUGGAUGUGUCUCAGCAGCUGUGGUUGAUGCUUGGAGAAAUGAGUCUGCAGAACAGCGCUUGAGACAUGCUUUAAUCAAGGUAGGCAUUGAUUCAUAUGUGACUGAUGAUGUGGAAGAAGCAAGAGUGUCCAACAAGUACCCAAGACCACUGAACAUAAUAGAAGGUCCCCUCAUGGAUGGUAUGAAUGUGGUUGGGGAGUUGUUUGGAGCUGGAAAAAUGUUCCUACCUCAAGUCAUCAAAUCUGCAAGGGUCAUGAAAAAAGCUGUUGCACACCUAAUUCCUUUCAUGGAACAAGAAAGACUGGCCAACCUGUCUGCAGAUGGUGGUGAUGGGGAUGAUGAGAAUGACAGGUUCUCUGGUGUAGUUGUGAUGGCCACUGUGAAGGGGGAUGUUCAUGACAUAGGUAAAAACAUAGUGGGAGUGGUGCUUGGGUGCAACAACUUCAAAGUUGUUGAUCUUGGAGUCAUGUGUCCUGCUGACAAGAUCCUCAGUGCUGUAGUGAAAGAAAAGGCUGACAUUUUGGGACUCUCUGGAUUGAUUACCCCUUCAUUGGAUGAGAUGGUUCAUGUUGCCAAAGAGAUGGAAAGACUGGGAAUGAGCAUACCUUUGUUGAUUGGGGGAGCUACAACUUCCAGGGCUCACACUGCUGUUAGAAUUGCCCCAAGGUACAAACAUGGUCCUGUGGUGCAUGUGAAAGAUGCUUCCAAGAGUGUUGUAGUGUGUUCUACCUUAAUGGAUGCUGUGCUGAAAGAAGAGUUUAUGGAUGAAAUCAAGGAAGACUAUGAUGAUGUCAGAGAGGAUCAUUAUGCUUCUUUGGAUGAGAUCAGGCUGAUGAGUUUGUCUCAAGCCAGAACAAGGAAGACUAAGAUUGACUGGAACCACUUCAAAGCCUGUGAGCCAAAGCUUAUUGGAACAAAGAUUUUUGCUGAUUUUGACUUGUCAAAAUUGACUUCUUACGUUGACUGGAAGCCAUUCUUUGAUGUGUGGCAGUUGAGAGGCAAAUAUCCCAACAGGAACUUCCCCAGGGUUUUUAAUGACCCCACUGUUGGAAAAGAAGCAAAAAGGUUGUUUGAAGAAGCUCAGAAGUUGUUGAAGAGAAUGAUUGAUGAGAAGCUUGUGGAGGCAAGAGCUGUGGUUGGUGUAUUUCCUGCCAACUCUGUUGGAGAUGACAUCUGGGUGUACCAGGAAGAUGUUUGGCCCAGAGGUGAGCCCAUAGGAAAGUUUCAUUGCCUCAGGCAACAGGCAGAGAAGGACAUUAGUGGAGCAGAGGAACCUUAUGCAUGUUUGGCAGAUUUCAUUGCCCCACUGGACUCAGGCAAGAGUGACUUCAUUGGAGGCUUUGCAGUCAGUGCUGGCUUUGGGGUGGAUGCACUUGUUGAGGAGUUCACUGUGGGCAAUGAUGACUACAGCAUCAUCAUGGUGAAAGCCUUGGCAGAUAGGUUAGCAGAAGCCAUGGCUGAAGAGCUUCAUGCUCAGGUCAGGAAGGAUCUUUGGGGGUAUGCCCCUGAGGAGCACUUGACCUUGGAGGACAUGCUGAAAACCAAGUAUCAGGGAAUCAGGCCUGCCCCAGGGUAUCCAACACAGCCAGACCACUCAGAAAAGCUGAAUCUGUGGAAACUGCUGGGAGCAGAAAAUGUGGGCAUCACCUUGACAGAGUCUUUGGCCAUGGAUCCUGCAGCAUCAGUUUGUGCACUUUUAUUUGCACAUCCCCAAGCCAGCUACUUUAGUCUUGGCAAAGUUGGCAAAGAUCAAGUCAUAGACUAUGCUCACAGGAAAUGCAUGAGCUUGGAAGGAGUUGAAAAAUGGCUUCGCCCUUGUUUGUCUUAUGACCUGGAAGAAGACUGAAUGAAUUUCUUUUUGUUUUUCUGCAUGUGAGCCUUAUAUUCUGUCUGGAAAAAUGAAGAACUAUCUUGGGCGAAAAUAAGCCACAUGACAAACAGCCCUGGGAUUUUCUCACUCUGUCUGGAAUGUUUACUGAGUCUUAUCUCAAGUUCUUAUUCCUGGCCUCUGUCCA